AUGUCAAUGUUGUUGCGUUCUCUUACUUCACUGAGGCGGUUUUCCACUAACUGUGAUAUCACACAAAGCAAAAUGCUGAUUCACAGUCGUUUCUCCAUUACCACUACUAGAGGAAUCAGUACCAUUAGUAGUAGUAGUAGUAGUAGUAGUAGUAGUAGUAGUAGUAGUAGUAGUAGUAGUGGUAAUAGUGAUGGUGAUGAUAAUAGUAAUAGUAGUAGUAAAACUGAUGAUGGUGCUCUACUGCCUCCUGAUUAUCGUCAUCAUCAAUCUUACCCAAAAGAUGCUCUUGAAUCUACUGGUAUUUCAGCCAUUAACGCUUCUGCAUCUACGCGACCUUCCAUAUCCACUAAUGGCGGUAUGCCGUCUAUUGUAUCCUCUGCAAGUAACGCUCUCUCAGAAGUGAGGCUGCACGAACUCGCAUUGCAAGAGGAGGAACGUCGAGUAGCGAGACACAAAAAACUAUUUGAAGAUCUUCUUGUUUUUGAGGGUGGAGCCCUUGCAGAUCAUGAUUCUCUCGGUAGUAGACUUAUCAUGCGAGAUUUUAUUCACUUCGCCCUUUACCACAAAAAAUGGGGAUACUAUCCAAAACUACACCGCAAAUACCGCCAGCUUAUGACAACCGGUUAUUUUGAUCCAGUACCUUUUGCAAGUCUUCGUAAUCAACACGAUUACGAACAUUAUGUUGCCAAGAUUCAUGAAUCCACACCUGCAUGCAUUACACCAACACAACUCUUUCAACCACACUACGGCUGGGUGUUGGCAGAGUAUCUUGUCACCAUGAUGCGGGCAAAGUUUGACCCACGGGAGCCUCUUGUCGUCUAUGAUAUUGGCGCAGGUACAGGGGCAUUGGCGGUAAGUGUAUUAGACUACCUCGCCGAACACUUUCCCGCGGUGUAUGCCCAAUGUGAAUACCACGUAAUCGAACAGAACCCGUAUUUGGUGCAGGUUCUACGGAAUAGACUCAUUUCACAUUAUCACCAUGUGAAGAUUCACAAUAUCUCUAUUCUAAAUUGGCGUGAUGUCGAACUUCGCCGCUGUGUUAUUCUCGGUAUAGAGUUACUUUCUAGUAUGCCACACGACUGUAUUGUCCUCAGUGGUGAUGGCGUUUGUAAUGAACAAUGGUUUGGAUUCCAACAACAUGAUAAUCUCUCUACAGUACAUGAACGAUACUUCCCGGUGAAAGAUCCUCUUAUCUUGCGUUAUUUACGUUAUUUGCGUUGGCUACAAGAGGAGUCUUUCCAUAGUCUCAAAGUUCUCUGUCUCACUGGUGGGCGAGAUAACAUUGAUCCUCCACCCUAUAAUGGCAUCGAGCCACAAAUGUAUGAUCCACUCCGUGUAAUUAUCACUAAAAUGAUAUGGAUACACAGUCCCUUGCGCACACUGUGGAUCCCCACUGUCGCUAUGCUCUUUCUUGAAACAUGCGCUGCACAAUUUCCACGUCAUCAUCUCUUUCUUGUGGACUGGUCUAGUGUUCGACAGGCACUUCCCGGUGUAAAUGGCCCUGUAUGCCAGAGUAAAGUGCGCAUCGCAAAAGAUCUCUAUUUACGUCGACCCAGCGAUUCUCUCCACAGCAAUGCCGGUAUGGUGGAUAUUUGCUUUCCCACAGACUUUGAACAUCUCUCUGUGGUGUAUCGUAAUAUCUGUGGUUCACAUAAAGAAAUCUCUAGUCUUUCACAUCCGCAGUUUUGGCGAACUUUUGGUGGAGAUAAGACGGCACUCUUCACUACACGCAGUGGAUUUAAUCCGCUGCUGGAGGACUUUGAACCAUUUCACGUCUUUACCACCCACCACCCACCGGAGAUGUGA